CCUGAAAAACAAUAAAUUUUUCUUUUGACUUUAAAAACCCAGCUAACUUUUCUUUGAAUGGAUCAAAUUAGACCCGACGUUAAUUAGACUAACGGAACAUGUUAACCCUGUUAAUUUGCACAGUUAGCCAGUACGACAACGUUUUAUCUUAAACUUCAAAAUAAGAUCUGAAACCCUAAUAUCAUUUUCCCCCAAAUCGAUUUGGGGAUUUUCUUGACACACCAACCCUAAAAAUUACGAUUACAACUCAAAAUCCUCCAAUCUCACACGAUUGACUUCCCUUAGCACGAAGAUGAGUUCGGAUUCGACAGCUGAGAGUUCAACCGUGAACACAUACGGUAUUCGUGGGUUUCCGGCGAGCUGUGUUUGCGGGACUAAGACAACAAUCUACACGUCUGAGACUAACAAGAAUCCGGGGAGACCUUUCUUCAGAUGUCUUACGAGAAGAAAGAACCACUUGUUUAAAUGGGUUGAGGAGGCUGUUUAUGAAGAGGUUCAAGAUGCCUUACCAAAGAUUGUACUGCUUGAAGCUGAGCUUAACAAAGAAAAAUCUGAUAUUGAAGAUUUGAAAGGCGUGGUCACUGAGUUGAUGGAAGAGGUUGUAAGAGCCAAAACAGAGGUGAAGAGGUGUAAGGUGAUGAUGACGAUCUUGUUUGUGAUCAUGUGCGUGAUCAUCAUUGUCCUACUAGUUAGUUUGAUGUAGAAUUAAGUUAGUUAUUUGCUUAAUGUUUGGUCUUGACUAUGUUUGGGGCUUAAUUCAGUGACUAUUAUGUUGGUUUCAUUGACUAUGUUGUUGUUUGAAGUAAUGAACUAAGUUGUUGUUGUUGGUUGAGAUACAAACCAAUCUUAAAUAAAGCUUGAUGAAACAUAGCAUAAGUUAAGUGUCAAAGCACUACAAAAUAGAUCCGAAAAUACUGAUACACAAGACAGAAACCUGAAAGCUGAGUGUUAAAGCAC